CCCAACUCCUUGUCGCGACUCCCCCGGGGGUGAUCAGGCACCAGGUACCCGUCCAGAAUGUCAAUUGACCCAAACAACGAUCCCAAUGUUGGCUCCUCUCGAGGCAAUGCCUCGUCCACUUCAAGCGAGAUUGCGAGCGGUCUCACUGGUGGAGGAGGCGGCUCAUCGGCCUCGGCCUUGAUGAUGACCUUGCUGCCGGCAUUGAUAUAUGCAGCAUUCUGGUUCGGACUCUUUCUAAUCUUUCGCCGAACUCAGCGUCGCUGGUACGCACCGCGAUCCCACCUACCCGAUAUUCAUGAGCAUCAACGGAGCCCUGAACUGCCAACGGGUUGGGUCAACUGGUUUGGCACAUUCUUGAAGAUUGAAGACAACCAUGUAAUGCACCAUUCUUCGCUCGAUGGUUAUCUAUUUCUGCGAUUCUUGCGCGUCUUGUGCGCGAUAUGUGCCUUUGGUUGUUUAAUUACAUGGCCUAUUCUUCUACCGAUACAUGCGACGGGUGGGAAUGGGAAUACUCAGCUAGACCUCUUGAGCUUCAGCAACGUUGCAAACCCAACCAAGUAUUAUGCAAAUACCGUUGUCGCAUUGAUCUACUUCACAUUUGUGUUUUACGUCGUGACUCGUGAAAGCCUCUACUAUGCAAAUCUUCGCCAGGCAUACCUCAACUCCCCCGCCUACGCUACCCGGAUCUCUUCCAGGACAGUUCUAUUCAUGUCAGUGCCUGAUGCGUAUAAGAAUGAGAAGAAACUGCGGCAGGUAUUUGGCGACACAAUCACUCGCAUCUGGAUUACAUCAGACUGCAAGAAACUCAAGAAGCUGGUGGAUGAGCGGGAUAAACUGGCCUUCAGACUGGAAACAGCAGAGACAAAACUUAUUCGGCGGGCAAACAAAAUCCGCCAAAAAGCAUUGACAAACGGCGAAUUCUCUUCCGACACAUGUCUCGACUGCGAGUCGAGCAACCCAGCGUGGUCCCAUAAAGUCAAACGCCCGACGCACCGUCUGAAAUUCCUGUUCGGCAAGAAAGUUGAUUCGAUUCGCUGGUACCGCGAACAGCUUGUGAGAGUGACAAAAGAAGUAGAGGUUCUCCAAAGGAAGCAUCAGGACGGCGACGCCAAGAAGCUCUCUGCGAUGUUCGUUGAAUUCGGUUCGCAAGCAGACGCCCAGAUUGCUCUACAAACCCUCUCACACCAUCAGCCAUUCCAUAUGACGCCACGCUUUAUCGGAGUCGCUCCAGGGGACGUUGUCUGGUCAGCGCUGAAUCUGAGCUGGUGGCAGCGUAUUAUCCGCAAGUUCGCCGUCCAAGGAGGACUUGCGGCAUUGGUCAUCUUUUGGUCGUUCCCAGCUGCCCUUGUCGGAACCAUUUCGAACAUCACCUAUCUGUCUAAUAUUAUUCCACCUUUGAAGUUCAUUCUGAAGCUUCCAGAUUUUAUCAAAGGUGCAAUUGAGGGUCUUCUCCCCUCUGCUGCACUUGUGGCUCUGAUGUCGCUGGUUCCGAUUAUCUGUCGAAUCUGUGCUCGGCGCGCUGGAGUGCCAUCAUUGGCUCGCGUUGAACUCUUCACCCAGAGUGCUCAUUUCGUCUUUCAAGUCGUGCAAGUGUUCUUGGUGACGACCUUGACCUCUGCUGCAUCUGCUGCUACGGCGCAGAUUAUCAAGAACCCUCUUUCAGCAAAGGAUCUUUUGGCUCAGAAUCUGCCUAAAGCCACCAACUUCUACAUUUCCUACUUCCUGCUCCAGGGACUGAGUAUGAGCUCCAUGGCUCUCGUGCAGAUUGUCAGUGCUCUUCUGUUCAAAUUCGUGACUACCUUUUUCGCCUACUCCCCGCGUCGCCUGUUCAAACGAUGGGCCGAGCUCGGUAGUUUGAGCUGGGGUAACGUUUUCCCCGUGUUCACGAAUAUGGGUGUGAUUGCUUUAACAUAUUCCUGUAUCUCCCCCUUGAUUCUGGGCUUUGCUUUCGUUGGGUUGUACCUUGUAUACCAAGCGUACCGUUACAACUUCCUUUUUGUCUACGACAUUAAGAUCGACACGAAGGGUCUCGUUUAUCCGCGCGCACUCCAACACCUGUUGACCGGUAUCUACCUGGCUGAGAUCUGUAUGAUCGGUCUAUUUGCAAUUAAAGCUGCCAUUGGACCUCUGAUCAUCAUGGUGCUCUACCUGAUUGCCACCGUUCUAUCCCACCUAUCUCUCAACGAAGCUCUGUCACCGCUCAACACGUUCCUCCCACGCUCUCUAGAUGCAGAGGAGGAUCUUCUCCAAGAGAAAGAAGACGCCGUUGCCGAGAUCAAUGAGCAACGCCGCUCGCGUGUCAUGGCAUUCUGGUCCUGGUUCCAUCCGAAUGUCUACAAGGACUACAGCGCACUGCGUCGAAAGGUGCGCAAGAAUGUAGCCCCGGUCGAAUAUACCGCGGAAGAACUUCGCACCGCAUACUUUGAGCCGUGCGUCGCAUCUCCACCACCAACGCUUUGGAUCCCGCGUGAUCGGUGGGGCUUCAGUCGACACGAAGUUAUGGAGACGGACCCUAACAUUAACAUCACGGAUGACGGUGCCCACUUGAACGAGAAGAACAAGAUUGUCUGGGACAAAUAUGACCCUGAACUUCCACUGAGAGAGUUGAAGACGUUGUACUAAUGAGGUUUGCUUUCAAUUUUUUUUUCUCUGGCUUGGUUCUGCCAGGAGAAUCAUGAUGUGACGAUUAAUCAGGUGUAAUUUGGCUAUUUUUGUACAGUACGAUCUUACGGCGUGACUAUGUUGGCUUUUUGGAUUCGUCGGCUGGCGAUAUUACGUGAUUCACGGCGUUAAUAUUUCGAUAUCAGGAUAUUUCUCAGACAAUCAAUAAGUAAAUAAUUCCUAAC